AUGUCACUCAACAGGAAGUCAAAAAAGAUAAAGAACGCAAGCACAUCGAGCAGUAUGUUAUCACCAGCGUUGGUAGACUAUCCGCCUCGUGGGCUCUACCAUCCGGCUUACAUCUCGAGCACUUCUUCAGACAGGGAAUCUCACGGGUCAAGUAUUUUUAUUGGCGGAUACGAAUUUGAAAAAGCCAGAAAGCGAUCCUCAAAGAAAAAUUCAAGGAUAGACUAUUACUCGGGUUCCAGCAGUAGCUCUAGCUCUAGCUCUAGUUCAAGCUAUAGCUCUACGGCUAGUGAUAGUGAGGACGAAAAACGGCCACGGCGAGAAUGCUCCAAUGAAAAAAGGGGGCUAAUCUGUUGUAAGGUUAAGAGAAGGAUGCUCGCAAAAAUUAGAAAAAUGGAGCGUCUAGAGUCCUCUCUCUCAAAAAAUAAAUUUCUAGAUACACCAGAGGUCCGUCGAGGUCGCGCUGCGGUUCAAGACCCUAGAUCUACGCAAUUGCCCCCAAAUCAGGGACAAUCCGAGGAGCCCUAUCAUGACCAACUUCGGCGUUUACCACAUUUUCAGCAGCCCAUGCAGCUCCAGCCAUCAGGUUACCUACCACACCCUCCACGAAGUCCGUGGGGCCAAUCCUCAGUAUACUCCCAACAAUACUCAGGACUUCAAACCCCAGAAAGUUUCACUAAUCAAGAGCUCCCACAGAUCCAACAACGCCAGGACUACGAGCACCGCCAACAGAGGUCGCAAUAUCAGCAAUAUCAACAGAGGCCUCAUGGGUCACAUAAUCCUCAAGUAUCACAAGCGUCCCGAGAUCUACAGGGACAUAAAAAAUGGCAGCAUCAGCGUCAGCGAGCUCUAGGCUGGGAGGGGCCCCAAGAACACGUUCAGCAACGGGGUCAUAAAGGUUCAGAAAACAACGGAUCUCAAGAUCAUCAAUACCAACAAGAGGAUCAAGACCAGGAGUGGCCUCUGGAAGAUCAGUUACAUUAUCAAUGCGGCUGGGAGGACCCCCCAAAACAUCAAGGUGAGGAUCAUCAACAAACUCUAUGCCAGCAAGGAAAUUUUAAACAGCAAUCUCAGCAGGACCCAAAAGAAGAGUAUAGCCAGGACCAGCAGGUUGGUAAGGGUCAGCAAAGACAACAACAUCAAUCGGAGGGGGAGAAAGAGCAAGAGCAAGGAUCAGAUUGGGCACAAGAGUCAGAACAAGAACAAGAGUCAGGAUGGGAACAAGAAUCAACCCAAGCACAGGAACCAGAAGGAUUUCAGGAGCAAGAACUAGAGCAAGGAAAUCAAUAUACCCAGAAACAACAAACCCACCAACCACACCAAGAGCAGCAGAACCAGCAGUUUUCGCAGUCGCCAAAGUCUAAUGAUCAAACGCCAACCCAAUUUCGAUCUCGAAAUGUUAGUAAUAUUCCAUCAGCAGACGCUUGUGUUCUCGAACAGCCCCCAUCAGCACAAGGUAACACCUCAAGCAUCGCCAAACUGUUUGAACUCAUCCUUUCAUACUUGAGCCCUCGCGGAUUUUCCAACGAUGAGGAGGCCUUGAUGGAAAGAAUCAAAGCAAUAGACACCGAUAGACAGGAGACGAUUACAUCAAUUCAAGAACUAAAAGAGGCAGCGAGAGAAAAGGAUAAUGAUAUUGCUGAACUGCAAGGCGAAAUUCAGGAGAUGCGGCAGGAUAUCAUUCAGAUGCAAGAACAGUUGGGGCAGAGUGCGAAACAAAACCAAAUGCUAAGAAAAACGUUAGAUCAGCUGAGGAAUGAGGAACACCAGAAAGACCCUGGGAUUAAAGGGUGUAAGUCUUUACGACAACGUCCAACCUUUCCUGUCAAAUUUGAGGUCUACGAUCCAGAUACUGGUACUACGGAAACCGGUACUAUAAUCCCAUAUGAAUCAUCGUAG